ACAAACAUGACACGCAAUCGGGUCGGGUUGUAUGACAUGUCGGGUUUACUUGAACUUGAAGGGGGAUAAAUACAUGAUGCCGAAAUCAAGUAAAUCAUCCCACAAAUAGACCUCUGCAAAUACGAGCCGGCUGAGCUCCCUGCUUUGUUGGGGACUGAGACAGAGGCUUAGGACAUGGAGUGGUUCUUCUUCACCAGAAAGGCUUACAAGUACAACAAAAGCUCUCGCUCGAAUCGGAGCACGAAGAAGAUCCACUGGAAAAUCACAGGGAAGGAGCGUGGGAUUACAGCUCGACGAUCCAAAUCUGUUAUCGGGAAGAAGAGGACAUUGACUUUUUACCUGGGGCGUGCGCCGAAAUCGAAGAAGACCAGCUGGGUUAUUCAUGGGCACUAUCUGCCUGGAGAUGGAGUUGCUUCGUAUCCGAAGCAGGCCCAGGGUGACUUUGUUAUCUGUCUCUUGAAGAUUAGAUCAGAUAAGAAGGAUUCUCCGGUCAGUAAUGAAGGAGAGCCCAGAAGCACGAGUGUGUCUGAAAUGAAUCAAGAGGGAAAUGAGAAGUUGCUAUUCCAUCAACCUCAGCCUCUGGAUGACUGCUGCUCCUCAGCAAUGCAGUCACCGGUGUCCCAAGAGCUGGAAGCUGUUCUGCAAACCAAUGUCACUAAUGAUGAUUGUAAUGAGUUGCAAUCACCAUUUGGAGAUAGUGAUUCCUAUCUAUUAGAUGGGAAUGAAGUUUCAACCUGUGAUGAAGAUGAGACUGUGUAUGAUGUGUUUCCACAGCUACGUGAUCUGCCCGAACAAAAUCUAGAUUCACUCUUUGGUGCACAUCAGCCAUAAGAGUACCGCCCCUCCAUACUGCAGUCACCAAUAUACACAAAGCUGUGAGAUGUUCCGCAUCCACUUUAGCCACAAUCGUAUCGCCCCUCCAUACUACAGUCACCAAUAU